AUGCAUUACGACGCGCAAGGUGUCCUGGAGAAUUCGUAUUUAAGGCAACGGCAAGACCACCAUCAUCAGCGGCAACAGCAGACGGGCCAGAAUAAUACCGUUUACGCGCAAAGUGCGCGGCAAAGUGGCCGGGGUCGGAGCUGCUCGCCGAGAUCGGAGGAAACGAGAUCGCCGGCCGUCGAGGCGAGAAGCGAGACGCUCGGAACCCCGGAGGAGGUACGUUUCGUGGCGAACGGCUCGCCGUUGGAGCUCGAAGACGGAUCGCGAAUGUCGAGGUACCGCGAGGAACACGACGCGAAACGGUCCUCCUUCUCGAAGCAGGAGUCCCCGGGUUUCUUCCGGGACACGGAGAAUACGAGUGUGAAGUGCUUUACCGAGGAAAUGGUGUCCGCUGUGGCGAGUCAUUACAGAUCGGACGGUUCGCCCGGUAGAACCUCGCCGCAAGGGUACGCGGUUCAUUCGACCGACAGACGCAACACGUCCCUCGGCAAAACGUCAUUUUGCAUCGACGCGCUGCUCGGUCGGGCGACCGGGAAACAAGAGAACCUCGAUCACGAUCGAUCGGAACGGAGUCAACGAUUUCUGUUCGCGGCUAGGAACGCGGCGGUGGACGGGAGCCUGUGUUUGGGUAAUACCUCUGCCCACGGUCACGAACGAGAAUCGCCCUGCACUCUCGGGGUCGCGACGGGAGCCAGGGCAGGGGCAUCGGCCGCGACGGGGACGGUUGGAGCGGAAGAGCAACGGACGUCGUCUCUGGGAAACCUCUUGCAUCCGUUCGACAGGUCCGUUCAGCACGGUCCGGAUUCGCCUAGCUUGGAACUGAUUCGCGACGGAGGCGAACGGCAGGACGUUCGCGACCAAUCCAUGAGAGACAUCCACUUGUCCGACGUUCGUGUGGAGUCUGUGGAGGCGAAAGCGAUCUUCAGAGGGGAGAACACCGGAACCGGGAACGGAGGAUUUCGCGUCGAUCGGUUGGAGAACGUCGAGGACGACGCUUCGAUCGAGGUCGAUCCCACGAGAACGGGAAGCGCCAGCUCCGGAAGCAAUGCUAGUCGUAGCCCCGUCUCCAGUCCGCCGAUCUCUCCUGGAUCGGAGGAACCCACGGGCAAUGGUGUUCCUGGGAAUCUCAAUCUGUCGACCGGUCAUUACGGUGCACUCGGUGGUGCCGCGGUUACUCGACAGAACCAGGCUCUCCUUUUACACCCAAGUGGACCUCUUAUUCAUCCCGGUGGAUUGUACUAUCAUCCCGCGGGUGGCAGCGCGUUUCACUCGAUACACAAGGAAGGUCAGCCCGUCGGACACUCGCAGGCUGCCGGACCUCAUCCUCAGCAGCACCACAUCCAUCCACUCCAGCUCGAGUGGUUGGCCAGGACUGGCAUGCUAUAUCCCAGAUUACCCGCCGAUUUAGCUGGUUGCGCUGCCCAACACGCUCUUCUCGGCAAAACUAGAAGACCAAGAACAGCCUUCACCUCGCAACAGCUUCUCGAGUUGGAGAAACAAUUUAGACAGAACAAGUACCUUAGCAGACCGAAGAGGUUCGAGGUGGCCACCUCACUGAUGCUCACGGAGACGCAGGUGAAAAUCUGGUUUCAAAAUCGCCGGAUGAAGUGGAAAAGGAGUAAGAAGGCGCAACAAGAGGCACGUACAAAUAGCAAAGGCGAGGAGGCUGGAAAUGGGAGAAGCACCGAGAGGGAGACAGGAGGCGAUCAGAGUACAAACUCACCGAGUCCGCAGGAUGAUGCUAAAGGAGCGUUGCAAGAAACACAGAGAAGCACGAGCGAGCUUCAGGAACCGCUUUAUCGGCCCUACGUGGUAUAA